AUGCUCUGCACGGCCCUGAUGGCAGCAGCUUUGCUGGGUACCGUGGUGAAUUCUCACAUGAUAUUGAAACAGCCACCUCCAUAUGGCAAAGAUACUCUCGAUAACUCUCCGCUAGCAGCUGAUGGUAGCAACUUUCCUUGCAAGUUGAGGCCCGGCGCUUUCCAAGCUCCUGCCGGGGAGACUGUCGCCAGGAUCGGCGAAAGCAUGCCGUUGAGCUUUAUUGGCAGUGCUACCCAUGGUGGUGGCUCCUGCCAGGUCAGUCUGACCAGUGACCUCCAACCGUCAAAAGACUCGAAAUGGAUGGUGAUCAAGUCUAUUGAAGGUGGGUGCCCGGCCAAUGUUGCGGGCAACCUCGACGGGGGCGCAGAUUUAGAGGGUGCAACUGUGUUCCAUUACACCAUCCCUGAAGGCAUCGAUCCGGGCCAAUAUACUCUUGCCUGGACUUGGUUCAACCGUAUUGGAAACCGCGAGAUGUACAUGAACUGUGCCCCGAUCACCGUCGCUGUUGGAUCUUCGGAGCGCUCUGCAAACCCAGAAGAGAACGUUGUCCUGAAGCGCUCUGCCAGUUUCCCUCCAAUGUUUAUCGCCAACAUCAACGGUUGCAUCACCAAGGAAGGUAUAGACAUUCGCUUCCCUGACCCUGGCGACGACGUUGAGUUUGCCGGAAAUCCUGCCAACCUAGCACCAGUUGGCAGUGCAGUCUGCACCGGUGUCCCCACUUUCGGCGGUGAUGGUAUGGCUGCUGGAACUGCGCGAAACGCUGUAACUCCGGCCUUGGUGCAUAAGAUGGCUUCUGUCUCGAUAGCAAAUGUCAAUGCCAUGAAAUCCACUGUUUUACAUCUUGUCUCAGGGUCGUGGAGAAUAACAAAUUCGACCACACCCCGCGAACCAACGUCGAUGCUAGCGCACGCUCUGGAUAGCCUGACGAUUGCUGCCGGGUCUCCGGCCGCAACAACGAGCACCGAACGACCGUCGAAGACGGCCGAUUUGAGACGCUCUCGCGUCAUGAAAUGGGGUCGACAGCACGCCAAUUCGUGGAUCACCUAG